UUGUGCAUUGCUCACACGCCUAGACUCCUAAAGCAGCAGCCUGCAGGCUGCGCACUCUGCACGCCAUCGCGCAGAGCGACGACAGCGAUGGCCUUCGCCCAGAACAUCCGCCACCUCGCCCGUAAAGCAGCCGCCGUUACAACAAUCACGACGGCCUCAUGCGAAGACGCGCCGACGCUCCGCGAAUGGCUCGAGAAGGACACCUUCAGCGCGGCCUUCUCCCAGGGCUUCGGCUGCGAGGCGGCGUCGAUUGGGGUCGCUCUAGGACUGGCGGACGGCGUCGGCGGGCCGCGCCAAUUGCGCAAGCGUUUGGACGGCGUCGCCGGGGCGUCAAGCGGUGCGAAGGUCGCUGCCGUCUUAGCGGCGCCGAACUGCCCGCUGGAGGCCUUCGAGGCCCUGGUGAAGCGCAUGCGGUUUCGCGACGCUCUGUUGGACUUCGACGACUUGGCUCUAUAUGAGGGCGGCUGGGCUAGACUCUCGACGUUCCGGAAGCACUUCUCGGGGCUCGUGGGUGGGCGCGACGUCCAGAGUUUAGAUAUGUUGCCCUUCUCUACGACAGCAUUCGACCUUAAGAGCAUGCGCUCAGACAUCCUGUCGGAGGGCCCGCUCGAGCUCGUGUGCUUUGCCUCGGGAGCGUUUCCUCCCUUAUUCCCGCCCGUGCACAUCGGCUCAUCACUAUACACGGACGUGGCCUUCUUCACGGACGCGUCGGGCUGCCGCGGACUUCAGACGUCUCCAGAGUCGCGCGUGCUGCAGGUCUGCCACGCCGACGUGCCCUUCAACGGGCCCUGGGUCGUCGAGUCGCCCUCGUCUUUAGGUGUGCGCGAGGUCUGCUCCGUCGUUUUAACAGGAAACACGCGCGUCGUGCCGCUGCCGCCCGGCGCGCGGGUCCGCGUCGCCGCGGCGCUGGACGGGGCGCGCGAGGCCGUCGUCGCCGCCUUGGACCGGCCGCUGGAGCGCGUGGCGCCGGGCCACUACGUCUGCCGCGUGUCUCCCAAAAAACGCGUCGCCGGCGCCGUGGACGCGCUGGCGCUGUCGGCGCUCGUCGCCGGCGUGGCGGGGGCGGUCGUGGGGGUUUUGCGGCGGCGGUGA